AACCCAACUGAUAAACUGCUAACGCCACUCAUUUCAGUGACAAACUACUCUAUCCAGUCACACCAAGAAACACACACAUGUCCUAAAAACCCUAACACUCCACACAACACCUGAACACCACACCCAAUAACAAUGGAUAACUACCACCCUCCCAACGGCGCCGUUAAACCCACCGAACCUAACCACCGCCAUGAAAAAAAGCCAAAGCUCACUCGCCACAUUUCAGAACCCGAGAUCCGCCAAGAAUUCUCCCACCACCAAACCAACGUCGCCAGAAUCAACAACGGCAGCUUCGGAAGCUGUCCCCGCUCCGUCCUCGCCGCUCAAAACUCAUGGCAGUUCCACUUCCUCCAACAGCCCGACGAUUUCUUCUUCAACACACUCCGAAAAGGAAUUCUUAAUUCCCGCUUAAUCAUCAAAGACCUCAUCAAUGCUGACGACGUCGAAGAUAUUUCACUUGUCGAUAACGCUACCACCGCCGCCGCUAUCGUUCUUCAACAAAUCGGCCGCAAAUUUGCUUCCGGUAACUUCCGAAAAAACGACACCGUUAUAAUGUUCCACUGCGCCUACAAAGCCGUUAAGAAAUCAAUCGAUGCCUACUUAACUCCCGUCGGCGCCUCCGUCAUUGAGGUUCAAUUACCGUUUCCAGUUCGCUCCGACGAAGAAAUCGUGGCGGAGUUCAAAAAAGGACUCGAGCGAGGUAAAAUUAAAGGCGGAAGAGUUAGGUUAGCGAUAAUCGAUCACAUAACUUCAAUGCCUUCCGUUGUUAUUCCCGUUCGUGAAUUAAUCAGAAUUUGCAGAGAACAAGAAGUGGAUCAGGUUUUCGUCGACGGUGCUCACGCCAUUGGAAGCUUGCAUGUGGAUGUUAAAGAAAUUGGUGCUGAUUUUUACGUUAGUAAUUUAUACAAAUGGUUUUUUUCUCCACCUUCGGUUGCUUUUCUUUACUGUAACAAUAAGAAUAAGAAAUUGAGUAAUGUUCAUCAUCCAGUGGUUUCACAAGAAUAUGGAAAUGGUUUACCUGCUGAGAGUGCUUGGGUUGGUAUGCGAGAUUAUAGCCCUCAGCUUGUUGUGCCUUCAAUUAUGGAGUUUGUGAAUCGGUUCGAAGGUGGAAUUGAAGGGAUUAUGAAGAGAAACCAUGACGUUGUUGUGAAAAUGGGGAUUAUGUUGAAGGAAUCUUGGGGAACAAAUCUCGGGUCGCCGCCUGAAAUGUGCGCUAGUAUGAUUAUGGUAGGUUUGCCUUCUAAGCUUGGCGUGAUGAGUGAUGAUGAUGCUUUGAGGUUAAGGUUUUAUCUCAGGGUUUAUCAUGCUAUAGAAGUUCCUGUAUAUUACCAAGCUUUAAGAAACGGUGAAAUGGAUCCUAGAGAUAAGUACGGGUUUAUAACUGGCUAUGUGAGGAUUUCUCAUCAGGUUUAUAACACUGUUGAUGAUUACCAUAGGCUUAAGACUGCAAUUGUUCAGCUUUUGGAGGAUAGAAAAGUUUGCAGCGACCUUCCAAAAGAGUGAUUGCAAAAACAGAGAGAGAGAGAGAGACAGAGAGAGAGAGAGAGAGAGAGAGAGAGAGAGAGAGAGAGAGAGAGAGAGAGAGAGAGAGAGAGAGAGAGAGAGAGAGAGAGAAAACGAGGUAUAGAAUCUAUAGAUUUAUUAUCCACUUCUGACUUGUUUUUGGUUUUGUAAUAGCUUUAGCCUUGGCAGCACUUUUUAUGAGUAUGCCUAUUUUUGUUAUUCUGUAUUAUCUUGUUUUUGUAACACAAUAAGCUUUCUGGGAAAUUCUUAUAAAAUGAAGAUGUAUUAUUUAUUCUUAGUUGCUUUUGUAAGAUGGAACUUUGUAGUGCACCUCAAUCACUGAUGUGAUUUCCAUGCUGUCUAUAGUCGAUCCUACUUCUAAUGCAGAAGAAGGGUCUGUUUAUUUUAGUAUAUUGGCUUAGGAUUUGAUAGUAUGAAUAAAUGUAAUGUGAUAGAAGUUUCACAAAAUGCCAAGUGAUUGGUCA